AUGAGCAUGGGAAACAGAGGAGGGAAGAAAGCCUCAAUGGCUUUCUUUAUUUCUGCUAGUGCUCUUCUAGUAAUAAUGGUUUCUUUGAGUUUUCCUCUUCUUGCUAAUGGAAAUCAUUUUUAUGAAUUUUCUCCACCACCACCAUCUUCUUCUCCUGCCCCAACUCCUGUUAACUACAAGUAUAAAUCUCCACCACCACUACCUGUGCACCCACCUCCUCAGAAACCAUAUAACCCUCCCGCAUCACCAACCCCUGGAGUAUAUAAACCUAAAUCUCCGCCACCACCACCAAAGAAGCCACAUUAUGUGCCUCAUACACCACCUACACAAGGGAAGCCAUUGAAACCAAGGUCUCCACCACCACCACACAAGCCAUACUAUGUACCACCAACACCACCCACCCCUGGAAAGCCGUACAAACAUUCUCCACCACCAACACCAAAGAAGCCAUAUCCUGUGCCACCAACACCUACCCCUGGGAAGCCCUACAAGCAAUCUCCACCACCACCAAAGAAGCCAUAUUAUGUGCCGGCAACACCACCUACACCUGGAAAGCCAUAUAAGCAAACUCCACCACCACCAAAGAAGCCAUCCUAUGUGCCAGCAACGCCACCUACACCUGGGAAGCCAUAUAAGCAAACUCCACCACCACCAAAGAAGCCAUCCUAUGUGCCACCAACACCACCUACACCUGGGAAGCCAUAUAAGCAAACUCCACCACCACCAAAGAAGCCAUCUUAUGUGCCAGCAACACCACCUACACCUGGGAAGCCAUAUAAGCAAAAUCCACUACCACCAAAGAAGCCAUCCUAUGUGCCAGCAACACCACCUACACCUGGGAAGCCAUAUAAGCAAUCUCCACCGCCACCAAAGAAGCCAUCCUAUGUGCCACCAACACCACCCACUCCUGUGAAGCCGUAUAAGCAUUCUCUCCCACCACCAAAAAAGUCAUAUAAUGUUCCACCAACACCACAUACUCCGGGGAAGCCGUAUAAGCAUUCUCCACCACCACCACACAAGCCAUACUAUGUACCACCAACACCACCCACCCCUGGAAAGCCGUAUAAGCAUUCUCCACCACCAACACCAAAGAAGCCAUCCUAUGUGCCACCAACACCUACCCCUGGGAAGCCAUAUAAGCAAUCUCCACCGCCACCAAAGAAACUAUACUAUGUGCCACCCACCCCACCUACUCCAGGGAAGCCGUAUAAGCAUUCUCCACCACCAACACCAACACCACACAAACCUUACCUGUAUGCUUCACCUCCUCCUCCACAUUACUAA